UUGAUUUUUAUUAGUUGUUGGGAAGAGAAAAAGAAACGAGAAAAAAUGCCAAAAGAAAAAAGAUGGAUGUGCUGAUGGUGUGGUAAUGGUGUUUUGGGGGUGGGUUCCGUUCAGAGACAUUUCCAAGCAUUGGGCGGAUUAGGGUGAAACAUCGUGGGAUCCUUCUCACGCUUAAGGGGACUGUCAUCCGAUCAGGGGCUAUAAAGAUGAUCGAAUGGGAGCAGCUUUAUGAGUGUAGGCGGUGCAAGCACAGGUUCAAAGUUCAUCCUGAGCUGGAAGCCGGAAAGUCCAUAAAACCUCCUACCUCUUGCCCUUCUACGGGGUCUAAAACUUGUGAGGGAACAUACUUUGCUCCUAUAGAAGACAGUAAAGUAUGUCAUGAUUACCAGGAGAUCAAAAUCCAAGAAAGCACACAACUGCUGGGUGUUGGGUCUAUACCUCGUUCAAUUCCAGUUAUUCUAAUGAAUGACCUGGUUGAUAUGGUCAAGGCCGGAGAUGAUGUCAUUAUUACUGGGGUUCUAUCAGCAAAGUGGUCUUCAGAUUUAAAGGACGUGCGCUGCGACCUUGAUCCCAUCUUAAUUGCUAACUAUGUGAGGAGAACCAACCAACUGAAGUCUGAAAUUGGCAUCCCAGAUGACGUUAUUAAGAAAUUUGAGCAAUUUUGGUUACACUACAAGACAGCCCCACUAAGAGGAAGAAAUGCUAUUCUACAAGGAAUUUGCCCUCAGGUUUUUGGUCUCUUCACUGUGAAGCUUGCAGUUGCUUUGACACUUAUUGGAGGAGUCCAACAUGUUGAUGCUUCUGGAACAAAGAUUCGUGGAGAAUCUCACUUGCUUCUUGUUGGUGACCCAGGUACUGGUAAGUCUCAGUUUUUAAAGUUUGCUGCAAAGCUAAGCAACCGAUCUGUGAUCACUACUGGGUUGGGAAGCACCAGUGCUGGCUUAACUGUUACUGCUGUCAAGGAUGGAGGGGAAUGGAUGCUAGAGGCUGGGGCACUUGUUUUGGCUGAUGGGGGACUUUGUUGCAUAGAUGAAUUUGACAGCAUGCGAGAGCAUGAUAGAGCAACCAUACAUGAAGCAAUGGAGCAACAAACUAUCAGUGUCGCAAAGGCUGGCCUGGUGACUACUCUCAGUACCAGAACAAUCGUGUUUGGUGCAACUAAUCCAAAGGGACAAUAUGAUCCUAAUCAAGCUUUAUCUGUGAACACAACUCUUUCUGGGCCACUUUUGAGCAGAUUUGAUAUAGUUCUUGUUCUCUUGGAUACCAAAAAUCCUGAAUGGGAUGCCAUUGUUUCAUCUCAUAUUCUGGCAAUGAAUGGAGAACAGGGAAGCAAAAAUGAUGAGUUCAUAGAUAAUAUCUGGUCAGUAGUGAUGCUUAGAAGGUAUAUUCACUAUGUAAAGCAACAUUUUAAACCUGUGCUGACAAAGGAGUCUGAAAGAGUUAUUUCAAGUUAUUAUCAACUCCAGCGAAGAUCAGCAAUACAUAAUGCAGCAAGAACCACUGUGCGAAUGCUUGAAAGUUUGAUAAGAUUGGCGCAAGCACACGCAAGACUCAUGUUCAGGAAUGAGGUCACACAGCUUGAUGCUAUUGCUGCAAUUUUAUGCAUCGAAUCAUCAAUGACAACAUCUGCCAUUGUGGACAGCGUUGGGAAUGCUUUACACUCCAAUUUUACCGAUAAUCCUGAUGAGGAAUAUGCCAAGCAAGAAAAGUUGAUCCUCGAGAAGCUUCAAGUGAUUGAAGAGUUCCAGUAAGAGCAAAGAGCUCGCAACAACCACACUACACGAGGAAAGACCGCGAAAACUCUCGUUGGUGGACCUCUUACUAUCCUGAAAGCAAGAGCUUGUGGCCGUAUGUCUUUCGGUGCAUAUUUAUAUCUAUAUGUAUGUAUAUAACCACCCACAACCUUCAGAAGCUUCAUCUGUAGGGGAAAUGGUUCGAUACGAAAUUUGGUUGCUUCUUACGAUCUCUUAAAUCUCAUCAUCUGAGAUGCAUGCUAAUUGAAGUGAUGUCAACCGUCGUUUGUUUAAGACUAAUGAAGGAACACCGGUGCUUGAUGGGCCGGGACGGCCUUUGUUAUUAUGGUGACUAUGAUUGGAUUCGCCAUCAAACUGUUAAAAUGGA